AUGCUCUAAAAGAUGACAGUGUCUUCAUGAUUGGUGUUUAUGGGAUGGGUGGUCUUGGGAAGACCACUCUUGUGCAAGAAGCCGGUAGGAAAGCCAACGAGGAAAAGUGCUUUGACGACAUUGUUUUCGUAGAGGUGUCAGAAUCUCCUGAUAUUAAGCAGAUUCAAACAGCAAUUGCAGACAACUUGGGUCUGAAAUUCGAAAACGAAAGUGAAAGGGCAAAGAAGCUAUAUUCAAGAAUGGAGGGCAAGAAAAUUCUUUUAAUUCUAGAUAAUAUUUGGGAACCUCUAGAAUUUGAAAAGAUAGGAAUUCCUUACAGAGCUGAUCAUGGAAAAAAUAAACUUUUGUUCACAACAAGAAACUUAGAUGUGUUACAGAGGAUGGGUUCUACAAAUAUUAUCAAGAUGGACAUUUUAAAUGAAGAAGAAGCUUGGACCCUAUUCAGGAAAAUGACAGGAAAUAUUAUUCAAACACAUGAAUUGCAUUCUCUAGCAAAAGAUGUGUGCAAGGAAUGCAAAGGAUUACCUAUUGUAAUUUGUACAAUAGCUAAAGCAUUAAAAAACAAAAGUCAUCCAUCUUAUUGGGACUGUGCAUUGCGAGAAUUGAGGAAACCUUCUCCAAGAAAGUAUACAAGAUACCUAGAAGAGGAUUAUGCAAAGAUUGCUUUAAGUUACAAGUAUUUGAGAGAUGAUGAACUUAAGAAAACGUUUUUAAUUUCUAGUCUAAUGGAAAAUAAUACUUCAAUUUCAGAUUUAUUCAAACAUGUUGUGUGUUUGAAUGUAUUUGAUGAAGCUAAUUUGACAAUGGAAGAAGCACGACAUAGACUAGAUAUAUUGGUUUGUGACCUCAAAGAUGCUUGUUUAUUGCUUGACGGGUUUGAAAGCAACCAAUUUGCUAUGCAUGAUGUUGUUCGUGUUGUUGCCACAACAAUUGCAUAUGUGGAUCACCAUGUGUUUACAGCAAGAAAUGAUGUUGAACAAGAUUGGAAGGAUAGAGACAAACUCAACAAAUGCACAAAGAUCUUUUUACCUGAUAAAAGUAAUAUUAUUAGUCAACUUAGGCCUAAUGAUUUGGAUUGUCCAAAUCUUGAAUAUUUUUGUGUGACUGAUAAGUGUGGUUCUUCUUUCAAAAUCUUGGAGGACUUUUUCACGGUGAUGCCAAAGCUUAGAGUAUUAAAUUUGGGUGGACUAUGGCAAUCAUCAUUGCCAUCAUCAAUUGAUAGUCUGACAAACCUUCAAACAUUGUGUUUAGAUAAUAGCCGAGUUAAAGAUUUUGCUAUUAUUGGAAAGCUACAGACAUUAAAAGUUCUUACCUUGCGACAAUCAGAUAUUGAAGAGUUUUCUACAGAAUUAGGUCAAUUGACUCAACUAAGGUUGUUAGAUUUAAGUUAUUGUUGGGGAUUGAAAGUAAUUGCUCUAAAUGUGAUAUCACAAUUAUCCAAAUUGGAAGAAUUUUAUAUAAAGGGAUGUGAUAUUAAUUGGGAGCUUAAAGUACUCAAGGAAUUGAAGCUCUUGUCCAACCUCACUAGUUUAGAAUUGGAUAUUAAAGAUAACAAUGUGUUGCCGAGAGAUUUCAUUUCCAAAGAGCUUAGAAGGUACAAAAUAAGAAUAGGAUAUAAGUAUUAUGAAGAUCCAAGAGGUAAAUACCUAAGGAUUUUGGAAUUUGCAUGUAGUUCUACUAUCUCCCAAGAAGAAUCACAUGGAAUCAAUAAUGUUGAAGUCUUACGUAUAGUCAAAUCUUCAGAUGACAAGGAGGAUCUUGAUGAAAAACAAAUGCUGCCAUUAUUUAAUGAGAAGAUCAAUUCUGAUUUGAAGACAUUUCAUUUUGAGGAUGAUGUGGUAUCUAUUACUUGGGAGAGUCAAUCUAAAACUCUUGAAACCUCCGUCGGAAAUCUUUCAAUGAAACUCCUUCAAAAAUUUUACAAUUUGAAAGUGCUCAAAGUAUGUCGCAGCCUAUCUAAAGAAAUUAAAAGCCCAUUUGAUCUUCCAUAUCUUGAAGUUCUAGAUAUAGAUAGUUGUUAUAGACCGAUAAGUCUACCGACAUUCUCGACUUAUUUUCUACAUCUUAAAGUUCUGCAGUUAAGUGAUUGUCACAGGUUGAUAAGGAGGUUAAUAACACCUUCAAUGGCUAAAAGCUUGGUGCAUUUGAGAGAAAUGAACAUAUACAGGUGUAAUUUCCUAACUGAAGUAGUAGAAGAUGAGGUUGAUGCAACAACAAUUGACAUUGGUUUUCACAAUUUGGAGAAGUUGUCACUUAAAAAAUUAGACAGUCUUACAUGCUUUUGUUCUGGGAAUUACUCUUUCAAUUUUCCAUCUUUGAAAGUGUUAGUUAUAGAAGGAUGCCUCAAUAUGAAGACUUUUUGUCUAGGAUUCUUAAGCACUCCAAGGUUACACAAUAUCAAUUAUGAGAAUGAGCUAGUAGAGAUCGGGGAAAAUGACUUGAAUACAAGUAUACAACAAUCACACAAAAAAAGGGUUAACACCAAUUUGAGUAAAUUAUCGUUAAGCGGAAGAAAUAUCAUGUCAAUUUGGCAAGAAGAGUUUAAAGAGAACUUUGACAAAGUAGAAACUCUUGAAUUGAUUAAGGAUGAAUAUACACACAUUCCAAUUCAUAUCCUUGUAAAGUUUAUCAAUCUUCAAAACCUCAUUUUAAAAAUGAGUUUAUACGAAGAGAUAUUCUCAUAUGGAGAAAAUGAGGAACAUGUUGAUGCACUUGCAAAAUUGAAAAGGCUAAAAUUGCAAGGACUUUUUAAUUUAAAGUGCAUUUGUAAACAAGACUUUCGGUUCAAAACAAUUCUUCAGAAUCUUCAUUCUUUAGAAGUAAGAUAUUGUGACAAUUUGAUGACUCUCUUGCCACCUUUAUCAUCUUUUGAAAAUCUGUGGUCUUUGGAGAUAGCUGAUUGUAUUGGAAUGCAGAACUUAAUGGCAUCCUCUAUAGCCAAAAGUCUGGUAAGUCUAAAAAGGUUGUCAAUUUUAAGAUGUAAAAUGAUGAUAGAAGUAUUAGCAAAUGAUGGAGAUAUAGAGAAAGGUGAAAUUGUUUUUGAGAAAUUAAAGGAGUUGUUAUUGUUUGAUUUAGAAAGUCUCACAAGCUUUGGUUCAGGGAAAUACAACUUAAAAUUUCCAUCAUUAGAGUCAUUAUUUGUGAGUCAAUGCUCCGAGAUGAAGACUUUCUUUGAGGGAGGCUUAAAAAUGUCAAAGUUACGGUUGGUGAAUGAGAAAGAUUAUUCAAGUGACCUUAAUUGGGUCACACAACAAUUACAAAAAAAUUGUUCAAAGUUAUGGGAGGAAAGUGCAAAAUCAUAUGGUCAACGAGCUGGUGAAGGGAAAGGGACUUUUUACUACUGUGAUUAUUGCGACAAAGACAUCACGGGGAGGAUCCGCAUGAGAUGUGCAAUUUGUCCUCAUUUUGACCUGUGUGCAGAGUGCUUCAGUGUUGGAGCUGAAGUGACACCUCAUAAGAGCAAUCACCCCUACAAAGUUCAUGGAAAAUCUCUCAUUCCCACUUAUAUGCUCUGACUGGAAUGCAGAUGAUGAAAUGCUGCUUCUAGAGAAUUAUUGGUGUCUUCAGUGGGUAACAACCAUGACUCCUCGAAGUCUCCUCUAAUAUUCGGUUUCGUGGAUUGAGAUGAGAUUGUCAAGUAAUUCUUCAGUUUGUUUGCAUGUCGGCAAAAUUGGUGGUAAAUGACUUUCAAUACAGUGGGAGCUGAUCAAAAGUUGAAAUUGAUGUCGUUUUUGUCAGAUUCUAGUUGCAAGAUAGUUCAGUCGUCCGGUGGAACUUUCAGAAUGAAGCCUCUGCGUAGAUUGUGAGGCAUUGCAGCUCAUGUUCCUUCUGUUUAAAUGAAGACUUUCUCUCGACAAGGCUUAAGCAUGCUAAGGUUAAAAGAGGUGAACUGGAAAUAUUGCUUGCAGAAUUAGCUUAAUACAGUCAUACAACCAUUACAAAAUGAAUUUUCAGUGCUGUGUGAAAGAUUUGCAGAACAGAAAAAGUGAGUGAGAUAGUAAACUGAAAUGUCCAUCAACAUGCAGCAAAAUCAUCUGAUCUUGAUUGGGGCUAUCAGGAGAUGGAGAUGAAGUGAGGCUUUAUUUUUGAAGAUCAAAGGAAGAGGAAGCUAAUUAAGGAUGUGGUCUCCUGGUAAUUUGCCAGAAAUCGGUUGGAAAUGGAAGAAAAGGCUGUUCUUUCAGAGGCAAAAUUGUUCUAAUUAUGAGCCUUUAUAAUAAGACUAACUCAAGAACAAAACUUUGAACAAAUUUAAGAGAAAAAACAAUACAUGAGAGUAACAUUCUUUGUAAAUUAAAUAUCUAGUUCUUCAUGUCUAUGAUAAUCGUUUGGCUUAAAUAUAUACUUCUUUAUUGUUUUUA